UCGCGCCCCUUGCUCCUCCGGGCGCGCUCUCGAGGCUCCGAGGCUCGCUGUGCAGGCGCGGGGGACUCGCUGGGGCUGGUGCGGCGGCUGGCUGGGAGCGAUGCUGCGGGUGCGGUGCUUGCGCGGCGGGAGCCGCGGCGCCGAGGCGGUGCACUACAUCGGGUCUCAGCUUGGAAGAACCUACACAGGCUGGGUGCAGCGAACUUUCCAGAGCACCCAGGCAGCUGCGGCCUCCUCCCAGAACUCCUGUGCAGCUGACGACAAGGCCACUGACCCUCUGCCCAAGGACUGUCCAGUCUCCUCUUACAAUGAGUGGGACCCACUGGAGGAAGUGAUAGUGGGCAGAGCGGAAAAUGCCUGUGUCCCCCCAUUCACUGUGGAGGUGAAGGCCAACACAUAUGAAAAGUACUGGGCAUUUUACCAGAAGAAUGGAGGCCAUUAUUUUCCCAAAGAUCAUUUGAAAAAGGCGGUAGCUGAAAUUGAAGAAAUGUGCAAUAUUUUAAAAAUGGAGGGAGUGACAGUGAGGAGGCCUGAUCCCAUUGACUGGUCAAAGAAGUAUAUUACUCCUGAUUUUGAGUCUACGGGUUUAUAUGGUGCGAUGCCUCGAGACAUACUGAUAGUUGUGGGAAGUGAGAUUAUCGAGGCUCCCAUGGCUUGGCGAGCACGCUUCUUUGAGUACCGAGCAUAUCGAUCAAUUAUCAAAGACUAUUUCCACCGUGGUGCCAAGUGGACAACAGCUCCUAAGCCCACGAUGGCUGAUGAGCUUUAUGACCAGGAUUAUCCCAUCCGUUCGGUAGAAGACAGACAUAAAUUGGCUGCUCAGGGAAAAUUUGUGACGACUGAAUUUGAGCCAUGCUUUGAUGCUGCUGACUUCAUUCGAGCUGGAAGAGAUAUUUUUGUACAGAGAAGCCAGGUUACAAACUACCUGGGCAUUGAGUGGAUGCGCAGGCAUCUUGCUCCAGACUACAGAGUGCAUAUCAUCUCCUUUAAAGACCCCAACCCAAUGCAUAUUGAUGCUACCUUCAAUAUCAUUGGCCCUGGCCUUGUGAUUUCCAACCCUGACAGGCCAUGCCACCAGAUUGAUCUUUUCAAGAAAGCAGGAUGGACCAUAGUUACUGCUCCAGAACCAGUCAUCCCAAAGGAUCACCCACUCUGGAUGUCCUCCAAAUGGCUUUCCAUGAAUGUCUUAAUGCUGGAUGAAAAGCGUGUGAUGGUGGAUGCCAAUGAAACCCCAAUUCAGAAGAUGUUUGAAAAGCUGGGAAUCAGUACCGUUAAGGUUAACAUUCGGAACGCCAAUUCCCUGGGAGGUGGCUUUCACUGCUGGACCUGUGACAUCCGGCGCCGAGGCACCCUACAGUCCUACUUUGACUGACCAGGCCUGAUGGGCUUUGUGGCUUAGCCUCAUAAAAACCUAGAAGCCUUAGGAUGAGGUUCACCCUCCUGCUUUAAAAAGUGCAUGCCCUGUAGUGCUUUAAACAAUCGUAUUCUUAACAGAGGUCUUAUGCCUGGUUUUAUUUUUAUUACUUUUCUUGGAUGUAAGGAAAAUAACUUAUGCUAGGCCUUACUCUGUACAUCUAAAUUUCUUCACCAUUCGGCUUCAAAUAUAAAAAGUUAGCAAUUACACACCAAGACAGAAAUUAGUCAUUUAAGUAGCUUGGCCACUAAUAUUUAACUGUCUACCUCUGUUUUUAAUUUUCUUUCCAAAAGGCAGCUUGAAAUGUUGGUUCUAAUCUUCAUUAUCUUUCUUCUCUGAGCUAGACUUGGGACUGUUUGUAUCAAUGCUUUCUUUUUCUAAAGGAGAGACAGACCUAGAAUAUAUGCAGAUCUUAAGUAGAACCAACAAAUUGUCUCUUUUUCUAACAUGGAAUUUUGUUAAUUUUUAGUUUAAAAAAAGUAAUCUAGAGUAUGCAAACAUUUAAGUGAAUCUUCCACCAAUUUUCUAAUAGUCUCAUCUCAAUGUUGGUGAUUUUUGCUACUAAAAACCUUUUCUUACAACUUACCUCAGUUCAACUGAUUUAUUUUCAUCUUUUUUUUCUUCUCUUUCCAAAACACUACAGAACUCUUUAGUACAUUAUGAUAUGAUUACCAGUUUUCAGCUCGUAAGUUUUGAUGUUUGUCAAUUGGUGGGUAUACCAUGUCUUUGGUAAUCUAAGAUUUGUUUACAGAUAUGAAAAUUAUCUAGAGAAUAGACUAUAAAAGGAUUGAAAAAACUUAAUGGAAGAAAAAACCUACAUGCCAUGUAAAAUAAUGUUAAUGUUGGAUAUUGUACAUGUAUUUUUAUUCUAAUAAACUCUUACGUUACAGGAUGGA